GUUGGCGCGGGCGGUGCAGCAUGCGGCAAAGCUCUUUGCAUAAAUUAUGCUCAUGACGCAGCAGCUAAAAAAAUCCAAGUAGCAGAAGGAGGGAAAAAAGGGGGGAGGAAAAAGGGGGGGCCGUUGGAAAGGGGGAAAGAAGAAAAAUAUAUACCUGACCGCCCCCCCUCUUCCCCUUCCCGCUUCCCGGCCGUCCCCCUCCGCCCAGCGCAGCCCACAGAGCCCCCUUCGGCUCUGCCCAGCCCCGGCUUGGGGGCCCGGGGGCGGCGGCGGGUCCCGACCGGCUCCCCGGCCGAGCCGAGCUCAGCCAAGCCGCACUGGCUUCUUUGUCUGCGGGCGGCGGCCGCCCCGGCCCCGGCCCCGGCCCCCUGGCCCGGGCUGUGAGAUGAAUCUCUAAUCGGUGGCCGCCGGGCACCCGGGGCGAAGGCGGCUCGGGCUCGGGCUCCGGAUGCACUAGGUGUGGGCCAGCCCCUACCCUACCCUGACAAGUGACCAUGGAUCCUGGAGCCGGGUCCGAGUCAUCUCUGACUGUCAAUGAGCAGGUCAUCGUGAUGUCGAGCCAUGAGACCAUCCGAGUGCUGGAAGUUGGAGUGGAUGCCCAGCUCCCUGCUGAAGAUGAGGGCAAAGGACUGGAGGGUGUGGCUGCUGAGAACUCUCAGAGUGGAGGCCUUGCUGAAGCCAGCAACCCAGGCCCAGACCACCCAGACCCCACUGCAGAGGCAGCUGUCACUCCCGGGGAUCCCUCCGAGCCCUGCCCCCGCUAUUGCCACCUUCAGCCAAGCCCCAAGCCAGCCUCAGGCAUCGCAGACCCUGACACCACUGGCUGUACAAGCUGCCCCCCAGGUCUUGACUCAGGAAAACUUAGCCACAGUUCUGACAGGAGUUAUGGUUCCAGCAGGGGCAGUUACUCAACCUCUUCUUAUCCCCAUCAGUAUUGCAGGUCAAGUGGCUGGGCAGCAGGGGCUGGCCGUGUGGACAAUUCCUACAGCAACUGUGGCUGCCCUCCCAGGACUGACUGCUGCUUCUCCCACGGGGGCAAUUUUCAAGCCACCUUUAGCUGGUCUGCAAGCAGCUGCUGUGCUGAACACGGCUCUCCCGGCACCCGUACAAGCUGCCCCACCAGUCCAGGCCUCUUCACCGGCCCAGCCCCGGCCACCAGCCCAGCCCCAGACACUGUUCCAGACCCAGCCGCUGCUGCAGACCACGCCUGCCAUCCUACCACAGCCCACUGCUGCCACCGCUGCUGCCCCCACCCCCAAGCCAGUGGACACCACCCCACAGAUCACCGUUCAGCCUGCAGGCUUCGCAUUUAGUCCAGGAAUCAUCAGUGCUGCUUCCCUCGGGGGACAGACCCAGAUCCUGGGCUCCCUCACUACAACUCCAGUCAUUACCAACGCCAUUCCCAGCAUGCCGGGGAUCAGCAGUCAGAUCCUCACCAAUGCUCAGGGACAGGUUAUUGGAACACUUCCAUGGGUGGUGAACUCAGCUAGUGUGGCGACCCCAGCACCAACCCAAAGCCUGCAAGUCCAGGCCGUGACCCCCCAACUGUUGUUGAAUGCUCAGGGCCAGGUGAUUGCGACCCUGGCCAGCAGCCCCCUGCCUCCGCCUGUGACUGUCCGGAAGCCAAGCACGCCUGAGUCCCCUGCUAAGAGUGAGGUGCAGCCCAUCCAGCCCACACCAGCCGUGCCCCAGCCUGCUAUGGUCAUUGCCAGUCCAGCCCCAGCAGUCAAGCCAUCUGCCUCUGCUCCCAUCCCAAUCACCUGCUCAGAGACUCCAACAGUCAGCCAGUUGGUAUCUAAGCCGCAUACUCCAAGUCUGGAUGAGGAUGGGAUAAACUUAGAAGAGAUCCGGGAGUUUGCCAAGAACUUUAAGAUCCGCCGGCUGUCCCUGGGCCUUACACAGACCCAGGUGGGCCAGGCUCUGACUGCAACAGAAGGGCCAGCCUACAGCCAGUCAGCCAUCUGUCGGUUUGAGAAGCUGGACAUCACGCCCAAGAGUGCCCAGAAGCUGAAGCCAGUGCUGGAGAAGUGGCUGAAUGAGGCUGAACUCCGGAACCAGGAAGGCCAGCAGAACCUGAUGGAGUUUGUGGGAGGCGAGCCCUCCAAGAAACGCAAACGCCGCACCUCCUUCACCCCCCAGGCCAUAGAAGCCCUGAAUGCCUACUUUGAGAAGAACCCGCUACCCACAGGUCAGGAGAUCACUGAGAUUGCUAAAGAGCUCAACUAUGACCGGGAGGUAGUACGGGUCUGGUUCUGCAAUCGGCGCCAGACACUCAAGAACACCAGCAAGCUGAAUGUCUUUCAGAUCCCUUAGGGCUUGGCCGCAGGCCUGUGUUCCAGCACUUUGUACUCUUCCCUUGGUACCCGGCUGUCUCCACUGCCAUGACAGAACCUGUCAUUUUGCCACAUCAUGAGACUCCACCAUGUGCAUGUGUGUCGAUGCCUCCCUCCUCUUUCCCACAUAUCUUGUGUCCUGAGGAGGCCAGAGGGGACCCCAUGAAAGCCCCAGGUUCUGGGCUGAGUGUGACAAAGGAAGGGAUUUGUGGUGUUGCUUAGAGAAACACUUUGCUAACAUGGUUUCUGAGGGGCAAAUUCUGGCUGGGAACCAGAAACUCCUGAGGAACACUGGCCAUGAGCUCUUGCUUUUGACAGCAUUCUCUUUGCACCUUCCUUUCUCCUUUGCUCCUGUGUUAGUGUGGCAGGUAUAACACAUUCAGUGGAACCACAGCCUCACACUACCCUCCCUCACUUCACCUACAGGCACACCGAACCCCUGAAAGGACUUAAGAUAUAAAAUUCAGAGAAGUGUUCUCUGUUGCUCCGAAGGUUAGACUCAAUGUCUGCCUUGACCUCAAGGUCAGAAGGUUCCCGAAGUCCUGUGCCAGAACAUGUGAACUCCUCUCCCUGGUUCUUUUGGGGAUGGAGUUAGAGUUUGCAUCAAAUCAGAACCUUUUCUUUUGCAAUCUGUGUUGAAAGUUAGCAACUGUAUAUUUUACCUGUCCUGGAGUUGUCUUGGGCCUGCAAUUUAGUAAAGAAGGCCCUUCUCUUGGAUUUUAAUCUAAUCUCUGUCCAUGGCCAUUCCCUACCCCACCCCUCAAAAUGUAGGUUAAGAGAAUUUGCAUCUGGGUCCCGUGGUGCAUACCUGUAAUCUCAGCUAGUCAGGAGGUUGAGGUGGGAGGAUAACGAGUUUGAGACUAGCCUGGGCAGCAUAAUGAGAUCCUGUCUCAAAGAAAAAAGGAGAGAGGACUUGCAACCUGGAAAAUCCCAUCGCCCAGCAAGCAGGCAGCUCUGGAGAAAAAUGAGGAAAGGAAUGCUGACUUUCUCUCUCCCUCUCUUGUCCCCAUACCCACCUCAAUUCAGAACUGGAACCUUCUCAAAGGAGCAUAUUAAACAAUAAACUAGACAGGAAGGCCCUGAGGGAAAGGACAACAUUCAGAAAGAGCUGAUAGCAGCCCAGAAAGUUCUCUUGGGGAAGUUGACUUAAUUGCAGUUUUGUGUACAAUUUCAAGCCUUGCAUAUUGGAGAAAUCUCACUUUGUCCAGAGUGGUCGACCAUGUCUGUGUGCAGGCAAUUCCCCCAGUGCUGUUCCACAUCAGGACUACCCAGUUCAGGAUGAAUUUUGGCUCUAGACAGGGUAGCCAUGGUAUCUUGGGGGUUAGCAUCUUAUCCAAGUUACAAAGUGAGUUUCCAACCUCACUGUGACUGGACAACCCUUAAAAUUCAAUAUGUGACUCCAGGUCAGGAGAGAACUAAGAGGUUUGCUUGGAUGAUCCCAGACUUACUAUAUAAACUGUCCCUAAAGAUCCACAAGUUCCAGGAGUCAAAUGCCAUCUCUCUUUACUACUGUCAUCCUUACAAUGCCUGGUCUCUAGCAGCUGCCCUCCACUGCACCACAUAUGAUCUACCCCAAGUGUUUGACUACCAAGUAAGGGCACGUUGCUGCUUCUGUAGGUUACUGGUGUAGAGCUACUGUCUAGCCUGGCUUCCUUUCCUGCCCACUGCUGGUCUUCCUAGGUUCUACAAUGCCAGUGUGGCCACCCUCUUGGUAACCCUGCCAGUGAGAGGAGAACAGUUGUGUGCUGAAUCACCAUGUGGGCACACACGUGUGCCCUGCUACAUUUAGAACUGCCAUCCUGCCAGAGUGUGGUGGGGGUGAGGAGACCCAGCCCCCUAGGAGAGAGUAUGUCUUCAAAGGAGAAGCUGAACACUCUAGGUCAUGGUUAUAAACCUGCCUCUUUGAAAUGAUGAACUCACUUGGGAGGGGUGUUGUGAACAAGUUUUUAGUAGGAAUCAUUUUCCAUAUGGAAAUCUGUCAAGGAUUCAGUAACUCAGACUACAAUGAAUUAGAAAGAUGCAGGUUUUCUUGCUCAAACACUUGUUUUUAGAGGUGCUUUCUUUUUGGGGGGAAAAAAGUGGGUCACAGCUGGUGCCCUGGAAGUAGCAUAUAAUAUAGGGUGUGUCCAUGCUGUGAAUGUGCAGGAGGACACCAUCUGUCCUGUGGCUUGACAGGAAAAAAAUCGUGAACCACUGGUCUAAAUUAGGUCUGGUCAUGAUUUCUUAGCCCCUCCCUUGUCUAAAUCUGUCUUCCCAAUGCUGGGCUAGAACUAAAUCAUUUCUCCUCUACUGGAAAGAUGGGUCAGUCCUUCAGAAGAACAAUAUCAGGGCCUGAAUGUUUGCAGCUGAAUUCUCCAGACUGGGUGGUGCAGGAUAUGCCAGAAAUGUACUCUAAGUAGAGCUCACCGCCCUAUGACCUCUGUCCUUGCUCUCCUACUAUGGGACCCCCAGGGAGCAGUUGGGGACUGGGACAUUCGACUAUGAGGCAGUUUUUGUUUUUUGUUUUUGUUUGUUUGUUUGGUUUGAUUUUGGUAGUAUCAGACUCUGAAGGGUGUUAAAAAUUAAGCCAGAGCUCAGUGGUUGCUUUGCCAUGGAAAGAUGGGAGAACGGCAGAAAUAAUUUAACUGUGUGGUUUUGUUUUAAAUGAAAGAAAGACCAAAAACUUACUGUGGCCUGCUGAAUCAGCUGGGGCCUUUGACCCUGUACUAACCAUGGCAUUUUAUCCAGGCAAAGUUCAGGGAAAGAAUUCCAAUGAGCUGAGGAACACACUUGAGAUUGGAAUGAGAAACCCUGAUGUUUUCAUCUUCUUAGAAAUCCAGUCAUCCUCUUCCUGUGCCCAGAUUUCCUUUCCUGCCUCUUAGGCCAGAUUCUGACAUUGAGGUUCUGACUAUCCCCCAGCACAGGGCAAUGCCUACUGAGGGCUGGAGGGAGGGUGGGGAGGGGAG